CCACACCAUGGCGGACUAUUACCUCCUGUUGGAAUUCGACGUCUCGGCCGAAAAGGACUGUCGCUGUUUGUGUAGCUCUUGUUGUUAUUGUAGCUAGCGCCCGUGUUAGCGAAAUUAGCUAACGCUGCUGUUUUCACUUCAGCAUAACCGAUGUCGAUUCAUUGCUGCGGGGCAGUAAACCGCAAAAACAAGGUAACCCUGCCGCAAGUUGCAGGCAUUCACAACUUAUCGGAAUAAUGUUCAUGUUACGUUUUUCAAGUCGUUAGUUAAUCGGCCUAAGCCAGACUUUUAGGAAACGUUGCAGUACACGAUAUGCUGACGCUAUUUUUUAAAAGUAAUAUAAAGAUUUUCCGCUGCAUGCUUUGAAAAGGGACGAGUCAGUCAAAAUGUCAUGACUAGCUGAGGUUAGCUAACACACCGAACGCUGCCAGCUUGAACGGUGACUCGCUGGCGUUGUUGCUGUCGACAUGUUUUGAGAUGUAGCAGCAGACAGACAGCGAGACCACUCUCGCUCUGCACAGCACAUCUGUCUGAGCUGAACGCCUGUCAGGGGGGGAAACCAUGUCUUGCAAAGCCGCAACCAAGGACAAGAAGUCCAGCUUCAGCAAGAAGCUGUUCAGGCGAGGCUCAGUGCGCUCCGUGGGCAGCUUUAUGAGCAGAGUCCUGAGGACACUAACAGCGUUAUCUCACUUUGGAUCCGAAGUACAAAACGAGGAUGACAAAGAUGAUGGAGGGUUCUCCACUUUCAAAUCUGGAAGCAAAGAUGUGCCCAUGGAGGACGGGGACCUGGGGGGUUUCCUGUCUGGGGAGAGAGUUCCUGGAGUGUCAGGUCUGAAAAACCACGGCAACACCUGCUUCAUGAAUGCCAUUCUGCAGUGCCUCAGUAACACUGAACUCUUUGCUGAGUACCUCGUUUUGGAGCACUAUAAAGGCGAGGAGCUGGAUGAGGACAAACCAAAGACAAAUGGUGUGCAUUUGCAGAAAAAGGGUCCUCUGGCCAAAGGAGAAGUUACAGAGCAGCUGUCAGGACUUGUUCGGGCUUUAUGGACGUUUGAGUACACCCCCCAACAUAGCAGGGACUUCAAGAAUGCUGUGUCAAAAAAUGCCACGCAGUUUAAAGGGAACGCUCAGCACGACGCUCAAGAGUUUCUGCUGUGGCUGCUGGACAGAGUGCACGAGGACCUCAACACAGUGAACCCCAACUGCAGGCCUGCUAUAAAGCCUCCUAUUGAAGAAGAUGACCAAAGCAUAGAGGGUCCAUCUCCUCCCCUCUCUGCUGGGUCCUUUGUGCAAGAACUCUUUCAGGCUCAGUACAGGUCUUCUCUUACCUGCCCACAUUGCCAAAAGCAGAGCAAUACGUUUGAUCCCUUCCUCUGUAUCUCUUUACCAAUCCCGCUGCCACACACUCGGCCCCUGUAUGUGACAGUGGUCUACCAGGGAAAGUACUCUCACUGUAUGAGGAUUGGAGUCGCUGUUCCUCUCAACAGCACCGUCUAUCGCCUCAGAGAUGCUGUGUCACGUGAGACCAAGAUCCCGAUGGACCAGUUCGUUUUGACAGAAAUGUACUACGACGGCUUUCAUCGUUCGUUUUGCGAUGACGACGAUGAUCUCGACAUCAUUCAAGAGAGCGAUUCCAUCUUUGCCUUUGAGACACCAGAGACCUUCAAACUGGAAAACAUACGCACAAAAAGAGGAAGUCUUCUGGCAAACCUGAAUCACAACAACUUGAAGUACGGGACAGAAAUCAGCAGGACUCCGUCUUUCAUGCAGGGAGCCAUGACACCUGUAACCGCAUCACCCAAUAAAAACCUUGGACCGGAAAAAAUCAUCCUUCUGGUGUGUAACAGAGCAUGUACUGGCCAUCAAGGAAAGAGGUUUGGCCUGCCUUUCGUACUGUACAUGGAGCGCACUGUGACCUGGGAUGCUCUACAAAAAGAGAUCCUGGAGAAAAUGCGUCAUCUUCUGAGGCCGGGGGUCUACAUUCAGGUUGGACCUUUCAGUCUUCGGGUGGUUGGCGUAGUUGGUAUCACCUACCUCCUUCCCCAAGAUGAGCGACCGCUGUGUCACCCAACUGUGGAAAGAGCAUACAAGUCCUGUGGACAAGGGGGACCACCACAUGUAAAGAUUGUGGUUGAGUGGGACAAAGAAACCAAGGACUAUCUCUUUGGCCACACUGAGGAAGAGUAUAUUCCGGAUGCUGAGAGCGUCUAUCUGCACAGAGAACAACAUCAUCAGCCGCAGGCCUGCACCCUCGCUCAGUGCUUUCAUCUCUACACUAAGGAGGAGCAGCUGGCCCCGGACGAUGCCUGGCGCUGUCCCCACUGCAAGCAGCUGCAGCAAGGCCGUAUUAAGCUCAGCCUGUGGACCCUACCAGAUGUGCUCAUACUGCAUCUCAAGAGGUUCAGACAGGAGGGGGACCGGAGAGUUAAGAUGCAGAACAUGGUGAGGUUCCCGCUGAUGGGGAUGGACAUGGCUCCUCAUGUGGUUAAAAGAAGCCAGAGCAGCUGGAGUUUACCUUCCCACUGGUCGCCAUGGAGACGGUCCUACGGACUGGGAAGAAACCCCGAUGACUACCUGUACGACCUGUAUGCUGUGUGCAACCAUCAUGGGAACAUGCAUGGAGGCCACUACACUGCUUACUGCAAAAACUCCAUUGAUGGUCAGUGGUACUGCUUUGAUGACAGCGAGGUUUCACCGAUAGCAGACGAUGAUGUGUGCCAGCAGACAGCCUAUAUACUGUUCUAUCAGAGGAGGACCGUUAUUCCAUCCUGGUCGGCUAACAGCUCUGUUGCUGGUUCAACUAGUUCGUCCCUGUGCGAUCACUGGAUCAACAGGUUACCUGGCAGCAGGCCUGCUAGUUUGGCCUCUGGAGCCUCCUCCAGGCGCACCUCUCUGGCUUCACUGGCUGAGUCGGUUGAGUUUCCAGGAGAACGUAGCGAGGAUGACGGAGGAUUCUCCGUCCGCCCAUUUGUGAGAAGCAUUCAGCGUCAGAGCUUGUCGUCCAGGUCUUCCAUUGCGAGUCCCUUGGCCUUCAGCGACAGUGGGAUAAAGCCGUCUUGGUCUCUCUCUGCCAAGCUCCACAUGAGAUCCAACUCGCCCUCACGGUUCUCCCUCGACUCUCGAUGUUCCCCUCCUCUAGAGAGGAUAGGAGAGGCAUGCGACGACAAAGUUUCCACUUCCUGUUUUGGCAGCUACAGUAGACAUGAAAGAUACUUUGGCAGCAGGACUCCCUUGUCUAUGAUGGAGAGCAACUUCACUGACCAGGACAAUAAAAGGUUCUUGGACAUGAUGUACUGCAGGGCUCCUACUCCAGUGGAGAAGAAGAGCACCAAAAAUGAGCCAACUGAGAACAACAACCAGAUUACAGCUAUAGACCAAAACAUACUACCCACUCAAGCUACUCCCUCCAAAGAACAGAAACGUAAGAGUAGCAUCGGAGGAUUCACCUUAAAAGCAGAUAGCACAGCCUCCACAAAGGGUUCGAGCAAAGCGGAGCAAGAUAAAACCUCCAAAAAGCGAUUGUGCUCCACCCAUAAGACCUCCGCUUCCGAGACGUCUUCCAGUACACCUGUGAAAGGCAAAAAGCUGAGCAAUACUAAAGAGAAGAGUGUGAAUACGAAGAAGAACACCUCGACGCCCAGCGGGACUCCCUCCAAAACAAAGGAGUCAACUCAACCUCUAGAGGGAACGCCAAAACAUAAGCCAUGUGUCGGCUCCACACCUCAGUCCUCGGCUUCACCCUCACCAACUGCAAAGAAGAACCUCAGCGUCGCUGACAAAACCACCGCAAGCAGCCGGAAACGAAUAGUAGAAAGGAGCUUCAGUAGAGAUUCUAUGCACACAAGCCCUCUGGUCGACAGCCUCCGAGGCAGCUCAGUAGCCCGCGCUUCACUUUCCAAGAGUGGGGAAACCAACCGGCCCGAGAGGAGGUCUGUUAGGAGUUCCAGCAGCAGUUCUUCUGUCACUAGUCUGCGCUCGCCCAGCGUGUCCACCAGAGACCUGCAGCGUAGUAGCAAAUCUGAGGAAAAAGGAUUGUCUUUCUUCAAGAGUGCCCUCCGACAAAGGGAAAGCCGCCGGUCGGCUGAUUUUGGAAAAAGCACCCUGCUUACCAAAAAGGCCUCAGAGAGGACAUGUAAGCAAAACGGACAAGCCAAGGAGAUCGGUGGUGAUAACGGAAAGACAGGAGACGCAGCGUCUUUGCAAACGUCUACAGAGACUCAUGGAGGUGAGACAAAGUCAGAGACAAAAGAGUCUUCCAAGCCCGCCAGCUCUCUCAGCCGCGCUCUAUUAGGCAAGGCCAAGUCUUCCACUUCUGAAGUAAGUUGCAAGUCUCCCUCAAAUGGGAAGAAGCCUCUGGAAAGGAUGGCAUCUUCCCGAAAGCUGUCAUCAAGCAUGCAAUCUCCUGCACGAACAACACAGAGGCCUCAAUAAUACAUCUGUAGUCAUUAUAUUAAACAAACAUAAUGCAGCUAUUUUCUUUGUGCCUGAGUUUCAGUGAGCACCAGAUAGAUACGUUUUGUUUUUGAUGUUAUGGUUUUGUAUGCUGGCAUUAAAUGCAUAUGUUGGCUUUGAGGUUUGAAUAUUGGCAGCCAGCUCUGAGUGUUUUCAGCUGUUUCGGAUAAAGUCAUCUGCAUACCUGGGUGCCUAGCAUUUGCGUGGUAUGCUACUAAUUUUAGUUUUUUACAACAGCGUGUACCGCAUCUUUGAGCAUUCGGUAUGACUUUGAUUGUAAGUGACAAAAUGCCGUGCAGGAUUGCUGACACAGAGGGUCCCUGAGCAUGCCAUAUGCGAUUCAUCUGUACAGCACAACCCAUUUUAUUAUGUGCACUGAGGACCUGCAUGACAGAACUCCCUACUUGAAUCUUGACAUUCAAGUUCAUUAAAAUGCAGCGGCUUAUACAUUAAAAAUAAAGCAGUCUAAGAAAUAUCCACCUUCACAGUGAUGCGUAAUUUGGCUUGUGGAGUAGCAGUUUCAGCAGACUCAUUCUUCUGGUUAAGAUGGAAAUAAGCUGGCUGUCGAUGCUUAAAUCUUGCUGCUAACGGCAGAGAAAACAGAACCGUAACGUCAAAAUUAGCCUCCGACAAAUACUGAAACAGAGUUCGUGUUUCACAGACGUGCACACAGAUGCAAAAGAGUUUCAUUCCGAAAUGUUUGUAGCUAAGUGUUGAUAGUAGUUUUCAUGAAUUCUUUUGAGCCUAUCUAUUGACCACUGGUAAGUAAGGCCUCUGAUUUUCAAACACUUUUCUCCAUACUCCUUAUGUAUUGGUCAAUAAGGGUCAUAUGAGUGUGUAUUUCUUUCUUUUUUUGCCAAAAGCUAUUGAGGAAAAGACCUUAGUAGACUAUAGGUAACUUUUAAGUAAUUUUACACUACAUGUCUUGAGAGCAUCUAGCAUUGAUACAGAGCAGCAGGAACAAAUAAGUCUUAAAAUAUUCAAAGAAUAGUUGUAAAAAAAACAACAAAACAUAGAUGAUGGCAGGCCCAGGACCAAAACAGAACAGGAUGCGAAACAAUAAGAAAUGGUCAAAUUGAGAAAGUUUUCCAAUAUUUGAAAACUUUAUUAUUUUUUUUAAUACUAGUACUUUUUUGAUAGAAAUGUAUUUUAUUAAAUGUUUAUUGAAGUUAAGUACUUUUUCCUCAAAAGGGAUGGUGUGUUUUGGAAUGAAACCCUUUAAAAUCAAAGAAUAUAAAUAUAUGUAGAUGUGUCUGUACAAAUAUUGACAGAAAGUAUAUGGUAUAUAACCCAUUUUUUUUUCUUUUCCAUGAGCAAGAUGAAAAUAAUCUUAAGCGCCUUUAAAUGCUGUACAUGGAAACAAAUAAUUGCCUUUGGCAACAUAGUAGUCUUCUACUGUAUGCAUCACUGAGUAGGAAUGUUAUUUUGUUCGCACUUUGUAUAGAUAAAGUAGUAUGAUGAUAAUUAUUGUGAAAUUAUUAAUUAUUUCAAUGAUUUCAAGACAUAUCGUAAAGCAGAGUCAACAGGCCUUAGACUUGAAAUGGUAAAAGGGUACAUUCAUCUCAAUGUUUCAGGGGUCAUUUUACACAAAGGAAUCACCCCUUUAUUACACCUGGUGCUCUAACAGGCCACUGCUCCACUGGCACUGAUAUUUCUUAAUGAGCAUUCUUACAAAUGUAGAUGCUCAGAACUGUGACCACACACUUCAGUGAACUGGAAACCUGUUAGCAGUGUUUAUCAUGAUCUGUGGUACCUCAUUGGAGAUUAUUAUACUUAGCCAUUUUUUUUUCUUCUUCAUCAGCCUGAAUCAGAAUACUGGUAAUGAGCCGUUAGAUUAAUAUUGUCUUUGAGCAGUUGGACGUGUGUGCUGAACUUUAGGAACUAUCAGACGCUGCGUGGCAUAUUAGCUUUGCAGUCACAUGAUAGAAGCAGAGACAGAAUAUAUUAUCACCGCAGCUGUCAUGACGCUUGCUGGCCCUUGUUUUCAAUCUGUUGAUGGCAAUAGUCACACAUUGGAUACCAGCAUAGCGUAUGUUUUUAAAGAAUGAAUGUGGUCACGCCAUUAAAAAUCCAAACCAUAAAAUCUAUUUUGCAAUAAGCAUCGACAUAAUCUUUGAGUUAUAGAUCUACAGUGUUCCUCUCACUAUUUCUCUGUAGCAUCUAUCAGGUUUACAGUGGUUCUCAGAUGGUUUUAGAGGAAAUACCACUCACUUUAAACAGACGUGUUUGUUAUUUAAUGGUCUGUGCGAUGUUUUAGGUUUUCAGAAUGUGACGGCGUAUUUUUUUUACAACUCAUGAUGUAAAAAGAAGUAGCUGUAGGUAGCACAGUUAUGCCAGCUUUUUCUGGUGACUCUUGGAUGGCAAGUGGAAUGCUGCAGUGUGUUGUAGAAGCACACGUUGCUCAAAGAUUCACAGUAAGCUGUUCAACAAUAGAUCGCUGCAAAGAUGCUAUAUAUUCACUCAAAUCCUGUCCAGCAAUAUUUUAUCUACAGUGGCAAGAAAAAAGUACAUUUGCACCCUUUUUUUUUUUUUUUGCAUUAAUUAAACUAAUAAUCCACGUCUUUAUGGGACACAUGUAUUUCACAUUAGAGUGUUGGGGGAUGAAAUAAGUGAAUGGUUGCAUUUAACAGCUGGUCAAACCUCCUUUGCCAGCAAUAAAACAACAGAAUACACAGUAAGCCUAAAUUAUACGUUUAUUUUCCUAAACAAAUUCUCCCCAAAACCAGAACCUGACAAGUCUUUGAAUGCUACACAUUGAAACACUUGAACAGUUUGCUGUUCUUUGGUGUAAAUAUAAGAGUUGUAGAAAAGUCAUCUGCUGCAGAUUUUUUAUGUUUGUACAUAAAAAAAAUGUACAUUAUUUUAGUAGCAACCUGUCUCAAAACAUCCUAACUGUACAGAAAUCUCUAAACUGUGACGUUACAGGUCAUAGAAGUAACACACAGCUGUUUAAAUGAGGUGGUAUUCCUGUAGCUGCUCUUUUCUACUUAACAUUAUAACCUAUCAGGAAACCUGUGCAUGGCACUUUGGAUCAAAGCAGGACAAUUUUCUGUAAAUUUGGCUUUUAACUGUCUUGUUUUCCUGUUUAAGGUCUAAUGAAGUCGUAGUCGUGGGUAGUGUGUAUAUUAGAGCUGGAUGGUGCCAUUACUCUUACUUGUUUGUCCUUCAUCUAACAGUUAUAUCUAAUAUUAAUCCAUUCAUGUAGCCAAAACCUAGUGCAUUAGGAUGGGAUGCGCCUUCUCUUUUUUUAAAAACAUGGGUGCAUUGUAAGCAAAGGUUCAGAAGACAAUCAGAAUCAGGGGGGUUUACUUUAAGCUAUGUUGUUUAUAAUAUAUAAAUAUGGGUCCCAAUUUGAGGUCACAUUAUUUCCAACCGCUUUUAUGUAGCUCUUUUUUUCCUCUCCAAAAUAAAACACUAAAAGCUGCAGCCCGUUCCCUUGUUUUGCCACCGUUUUUAUAACCACCACGUUGACAAUAUUGUUGCUUUGUUUUCACAGCAUGUACGAUUAGAUGAGACCUGGUGGUUUAGCGGUUAAGAUCCUAAUGGCUGGCAGCUCAUUCAGCAGAAAUGUAUUGCGUUGUACGGUCUAAAUUGUCGAAAGAGGUCUGUAGUGUGUGGAAAAGCUGUUACAGACCUGCUGCCAAACACGAAACUGGUUCAUCAGUAGCUUCCAAUCAUAAUGAAAAAACUACCAUCGGAUAGAUGUUGAUUUUGCAGUGAUUGAGCAAUAUUCAUUUUAUUUAGUAUUCAUCAGUUCGAUUUAACUUCUUUUAGACUUGUGAGCCUAGACAAGGCCAGAAAAGUGCUGCACUCUAGAAUUGAAUCCACAGCGGUUGAAACAAGAUGUCAAAAUUCAGGAUGAAAUGUUGAAACGCCGUUUUUUCCCCCCACGAUUGAUUUUUCCUCUCUAGCUUACUACGCUGCAGUUGUUGUCUGCGUUUUUAAUUUUUUGUAAAUUUGUUGUCAAUGUACAAAUCUGAGAAUGAUUAAGGAAUGCAGUGUUGCAUGAAAACGCUAAUGCAUGUAUUUUAUUAACUAUGCAAGAACCUGCAGCUGUGUAACAUAGAAAGCAGCGCUUGGCUGGUAUAUUCCAUGGCUUCAUUUGCACACCAUUCCAAUAUUUAGAAAACUGUAAAAUGCAGAAUAUUUCAUCUGUACUUAAACUUAAAAAUCUUGCCUAUAUUUAAAAAAAAAAGGAAAAAAAAAAAAUCUAUUUAAUGCCAUAACUGCUUUUAGCAUUCUACCAUUUAAUGUUUUUAUUUUUUUUCUCUCUUUAUUUUAUUUUUUUAAAUUCUGCUGGUCUGUGCUCUCUGGGUGCUCCUACCAAACCGGUAGGUUAUUGUCUUUGUUGUUUAAUAUUUACUAUUUACUGUUGUACACCAGCAGAGACAACACUAUGGAUACGAUAAUCUCUAUGUGGUUAGUAAAUAGACUCAUUAUGUGUGUACGUAUUGUGAUAAAGCCUUCCAUUACUUCACUUCAGUAAAAAAACAGUUUGUGAGCCUUUGUUGCCAUGUUCUCAGCUGCAUUGAAGAUGUGGUCUAAUAUAUAUAUAAAAAACAAACUCAAAUAGAUAUAUGUAGCUAAAUGCAAUAAAGAAAGAUAGUAAAUUUAUAGUUUUAUAAUACAGUACGUAACGACAUUAAAAUGUUCAGUUAAUACUUUUUGUAGUACUUACAUCAAUCAUUUCAAUCAUGAUGUAAUUUUUAUUAUUUUUUAAAUUCUCAACAGGCAGUUUAUCAACAGAAAAAAACAAUGACUUUCAAAGUUUUAAAGCAGUGCCAUGCUUUUGUUUCUUUUUUCUUUCUUUCUUUUUUUUUUAUAAUGACUGGAUAAGUGGGUACAAAACAUUAAUCACUUUAGUUGUUAAAAUGCAUAGAGGCUUCCCUGCAGAACUUAAUUAAGAUUAGAGAAUCCUAGUGUCGAGUUAUUGUUGUGACACGGCUGUUUUGUUUAACAGAGUCACAAAAAGUUCCACUUUUUUUUUCCAAGGGUAAACUUUUAAGAUUAAUGAUAUUACACGCAACACGUCCGAGUAAGCAUUUUACCGCUGAAUCAAGGUUGCAAUAACCGCUAAAAAAAACUGAAAUACCACAAUCCUAUUACAAUCCUACGGGCUUAAGAUCCUGCACAUGCUGUGGUACUACAGUAAUAAAGCUGUGUGGAUGUGGUGGAGUGGUGUCCUCAGUAUUAAAAGACUAGCGAGGCUUUAAGAGGCUUUUGAGGGCAUUUUGCAAAUGUAAACACUACAAGUCGAGGAUACCGAAACUUUUCAGAAGCCUUAAGCAACACACAUUGUAACGGACAGUUUCUGGGGCGACGCAGAAACCGAGGAGCUGAAUGAAUGUCAUGUCUCGUUUCAUUUUUUAAGCUAUUAUGGAAAAAACAAACAAAACAACACUAUUGUUCUAAAUGCACAGCAUGUUUCUCCUUUUACUUUUUGUAUAAUUCAUAAAGCAUUUUGUAAAAUACAGUAUGUUGCAUUUAAUGAGAUUUCUUUUCACUUCCAAGCGUAUUUUACUGUAUUCCUCGUUCUUCCAGGUUCAUGAGGUUAUUACUGACUUCCAUGUUGUCUGAAAUGACCAAAUGUUUUUUUUAGUUUAUUUUAUUCUACAUCAGAACCUCUGCUCCAGCGUAUGCCUGUUCAUUUUUAAUUUAUGACUUAUUUUGACAUUCUGCAGUUUCAAGUUCAUUCGGCUGCAUCAAAGUCUUCUGUGUUAAUUUAUUUGUUGUUUUUCAUAUAUGCACUUUUAAUUUUUUUUUCCUCCAAAAGGACAAAUGUGUAUAUACUUUGUUGGUUUACCCAUGCAAGUACAAAAAAAGGAAAAAUCUGAUUAAAAAUAUUGAAACUGUU